CUGCCCGCAGCCAUGGCGUCCCGCGAGGCCUGGGAAACCUCCUUCUUCGGUCUGCAGGGCGCGCGGGAGCGGAUGCGGGAGAAGAAGCAGGGCGCCCUGCGCGCCGCCAAGCUGAACGCCUCGCUCGCCUCCCGGAUCAAGACCAAGAUCAUCAAUAACUCGUCCACUAUUAAAGUCUCCCUGAAGCGCAACAACAAAGCGCUGGCGCUGGCCCUCAACGCGGAGAAGGCCAACGCGCAGCGGCUCAUGCAGGAGAGAGCGGUCCUGCAGAAGGAGGUGGAGCAGUGCCACUUCCACAACGCUGCCCUGCGCCACAAGCUCUGCUUCCUGAAUAGCACCCUGAAAGAAAUGGAAAAACUUAUGGCAGUUAUUAAGACGGCUCGGCUCUCUGAGUUCUAUACAAGUUUUGCCUCCCUGUCCAAUGGCCAGAAGAACAACAUAACAGAAGAUAGCUGGGCUGAUGAUACCACAGACGGUCAGCUUGUGAGGCCUGCAGUGGUGCUCUUGAAAGCACCUGCUUCCAAGCAGUGUGAUGGGGGAAGGCAAGAUGAUAGCUCUGCAGCAGUACAAACAUCCACGGUUGAUGUCCAGCCACCAGUUCUCAAUAAGACCCAGGAAUUUGUGCCUGUUGUCUCCAAAGAUGCUUUGCCACAAGAGCUGAGUGAAAAUGUGAAGAAGCCCCAUGAAGCAGUAGAAACAAAAGAGGCUUCUGUUGAAUGUGAUGUCCUUGGAGAGUGUUUACUUGCCACUGAACAAGAUCCUAGUAAUUUGCCAGCGCUUACCUGGGAAAGUCAUCCUCUUCCACAGGAGGACGAUGACAUGGUGAAACGUUUCUGUGACCGUCUCUCACAAGGGCAUGUUACUCAGCGGAGGAAGCGUUCUACCCUGUUUGCAACAAGCACUCCAUUUUCAGGUGAGGAUUUCUUCUCACACUCAACUCGAGUGUCCCAGUGGAGUGUUACGAAGGAGAACAGCAACUCCAACAGAAAUAAUGCACAGCAACAGCUGCAAUCACCCAGCUGCCUGGCUUCACCUGCUCAAACUGCUGUUGAUUCUGACUUAAAAGCUUUGAGUGAAGAAGUUCUCAGUGAUCAGCCACAGACCAAAGAAACUGUGUGUGAUACUGAAAUUGAUCCCAAGUGUAGCGAAGUUCCUGAGUUUAUUCCUGUAAAAGGUAAAAGCAAAGGUAACGGCAAAACCACGGCUGUUAAAACAGAUGUUAAAAAGACUAGCACAAGAAAAAGGAAAAAGAAUUCAAUAAAAAGCAACACAAAAGAUGUCCCUGAUGUACCUCAGGGUGAAGAGAGCACCCAAGAGGCAAAUAAACUUCAGCUGAAAGCAGUGACAAAUUCUACUGAGUCUGAAGUUCCUGAGAUGAGGCAGGAAGCUUGUGUGUGUGCUUUGGAAGGGAAGAACAGAAGUCAUGGUACAUGCCUACAUUCCCACUUUCCUGCUGAAGUCCGAGAUCCCAGAAGAACAUAUGUUGUGAAUCCAGCACCGCUGCAUAAUCUGCAAAGUGGGGACUUACUGCAACAAGGUGAAAAGGAAGCUGUCUUGGAGAUGCCAAGUGUGGAGAGCUUGUUGAAAAGCCCAGUUCAUACCUUCUCAACUCAUAAAGCUCUGUCAGAUGAUCACAGUCUACAAUAUUCUCUUUCCUUAAAUAAAGAGACUUCAGGUAUCAGUACUUUGCAGCAGGACUCAUCAAGUGUGAGCACAAAGAGCAUGAGACGGAAAACCAGCAGGAAAACUAGGGUCAUUUUGCAAAGAAGUGACUCUGAUGAGGAGAGUCUGCCAAAGAACACAAAAACAUCUGAAGCUAAAGCUGAGGAACAGCCCAAAAGAAGCAAGACAAGUAGGAGAAAGACUAUCAAGGCAAUAGUAGGCAAUAGUAACGAUCAGAGAAAUGAAAUGGAGGUUUCUGCACCACGUGUUCAAGGAGUAGCAAUGGAGAGUGCAAAAGAUUUCUCAGAUUAUCCUAAAUGUAGCAGAAAGACUUACGUUAUACGUCCUUUGGAUCUUCCAGGAAACUUGGGUUGUAUCAAGGCUGAUUUUGAACGGGAAGAAGUUGCACGUUCUGAGUAUGUUCCUGAGAGCAAAGCUAGCAAAAUCCCCAGAGUUCAGAAGCUGGUGACUGCUCAGAACAAAAAGAAGUGGACAGGGGACCUUCAAGAAAAGAAACAGACUCACAACACAAAUACCUUAGAAAAAGCUCUCUCUCUCAUACCAAAGCCUCAGAGCAAGCGAACAACCUCUAAUCCUCCAGAGUCUGAUUCCUUGGCCAGACAGAGUGAUGGAACCAGGCUGCAUUCUGGAAGUUCAGAACUUGUGUCCAAGCAAACUGUCCUGCCUGGGAAGUUCUCCUACAUUACAGAUCUUCUGUCCAAGCCAGAUGCUUUCCUUGAGGAGCAAAUAGCUGAGAUCUCGCUUGCAAAUAAUCUUAUGAACAUUUCAGACAGUCUUGAAUCCUCCACUGUAAGAUGUUCUGUAGCUUUGCCUCUGGGCUCCAGUCUUGCAGAUCCACCCAUCUCCAGGAGCUUAGGUACUGAGGACAGCAAAAUCCCCAAGAAAUCUGCUUGUCCAGGGAAUGUUCUGACGUUUAAAGAAAGGAGUGCAGAGGAAAUGCCAGAAGGAAGAAACCAGGUUGAGUUGAGUUCUAAAGAACAUUCCGAGAGUUCAUCUUUGCAGAAACCUGAGAUUUGUCCACUGCGGGACUUGACAAAUGCUGGGACUCUGUGUUCCCCUGACUCAGAAGAAGCUUUGGGACGUCGAUCCAAGCGGAGACGGGACCCUGCCUGCUAUGCAGAGCCGAAACUCAACAGCAAACUGAGGCGGGGCGACCCGUUUACAAACUCAGAGUUUCUCCACUCUCCUGUCUACAAAACCAAAAAGAAGAAAAUGACCAAAGCCAAGACAAAGACCUUGAAGAUCAAAGUGGAGGAAGAAUGGCUUCCUGAACUGUGUCCCAGUGCCAAGGCAGACAAGCUACUAACUGUGGGAGGAAACAAGGAGCCAGAAGUGAUAUAGUAGUUGAACAGGCAAGCCCUGAGCUCAUAGCUUGUUUAUCCUUUCAA